GCAACUGCUCUGACAUCUGCUGAUCCUAGGGAGGAGACCAAGUACACAACAAUGCGGAUGGGAUAGCAGCGCGCCAUGUUCACCUUCACGCCGCUGCUGGGCGCGCAAACCGACUCGCCGGCGUCGCAGUCGCUAUUGGAACUCGAUGGCGGCAUCAAGAUUCUCGUCGACGUGGGCUGGGACGAGACAUUCGAUGCUGAGAAGCUGCAUACACUAGAAAAGCACGUGUCGACACUGUCGCUCGUCUUGCUGACCCAUGCGACCGUCGACCAUAUCGGCGCAUACGCGCACUGCUGCAAACACAUUCCGCAGUUCAGUCAAGUGCCCGUGUACGCGACUACGCCAGUCAUCAACCUGGGACGAACGCUGCUGGUUGAUCUCUACGCCUCGUCUCCUCUCGCCGCCUCCGUUAUCCCCGUCAGCGCCAUCGCCCCAAGCGCGCUUCAGCCAGAAACAGCACCGAAUCUCCUCUACGCGUCUCCUUCUGCAGACGAGAUCGCGGCAUAUUUUGGCGCAAUCCAUCCUCUUCGCUACAGCCAGCCACACCAGCCAGUACCCGCGUCUUUCUCGCCUCCUGUAGGCAACCUCACAAUCACUGCGUACAGUGCUGGACACACACCUGGAGGGACAAUAUGGCACAUUCAGCAUGGCCUAGAGAGCAUUGUCUAUGCCGCAGACUGGAAUCAAGGCCGUGAGAAUCUGCUAUCGGGAGCGGCAUGGCUCUCUGGAGGUUCGAACAUCACAGAAGGCCUACAGCGGCCGACUGCCCUGAUAUGCAGCUCGAAGGGUGUUGAGAAAACAGAGGUUCUGCCGAGAAAGAAGAGGGAUGAACUUCUUGUCAGCUUGAUACGGGAGACUAUUGCUCAGGGUGGUAAGGUCUUGAUUCCGACGGACUCUUCGGCAAGAGUGCUGGAGCUCGCAUUCAUUCUCAAUCAUACAUGGCGAGAGAAUGUCAGUGGUCCGCAUGCAGACACGUACCGCAACACCAGGAUAUACAUGGCGAGCAAGACGAGCAAAAGCACGGUACGCCAGCUGUCGAGCAUGUUGGAAUGGAUGGACGAAGCCAUCAUCAGGGACGCCGAGGCUGCCAUGAGCAAAACGCAGGCAGAUGAGGGAAGAGUGCCGAAUUUACUGGACUGGCAGUUCGUGAAGCAGAUUGAAAGCAGAAACAAGCUGGAUCAAGCAUUGCGGCGGAAGAGGCCAUGUAUCAUACUAGCCAGCGACACCUCGCUUGAAUGGGGAUUUGCACGACAAGCAAUGGAGAAGAUGGCCCAAGACCCUCAGAAUCUAGUCAUUCUCACUGAAAACACGCCACAGAACGACGUGACGCGGCCAAGUCUUGCACAGCAACUGGCGAACGUAUGGCGAUCUAGCAACAAAUCUUCUUCCCAAGCCGGCGCGAAAGUCGUUGGCGCUGAUGGGCAGAGUGUGCAACUGCGACAAGUCACGGCCGAGCCGCUCACUGGAGAGGAGGAUAUGCUGUAUCAACAAUAUGCUGCGCGUCAACGACAGCUUCAUAGCAAUCUGCAAGGUGACAAUGCUGCCAAUGACACGGCCACUGCAGAGAUUGCAGACGACCAGGCGGAAGAAUCUUCAGACGACGAAGAUGAAGAUCAGGAUCCUGAGCAGCAGGGACGAGCGCUCAAUUUGUCUGCGCAAAUGACGCAGAGCAACAAGCGCAAAGCUGGUCUAUCGGAUGCGGAGCUGGGCAUCAACGUCCUUAUCAGGGGCAAGAAUGUUCACGACUUUGACGUACGAAACAGGAAGGGGCGCGACAAAGUCUUUCCUUUCGUACAGCGCAAGCCCAAGAGCGACGAUUAUGGCGACAUCAUCAAACCUGAGGACUACUUGCGCGCGGAAGAACGUGAUACUGUCGAUGGCGUGGACAUGCGCGCUGAUGCGAAACAAGAUGUUACUACUGUCGGUCAGAAGCGCAAAUGGGGCGAUGCGAAUGCGAAAAAUAAGAAAGAUCGCAAGCCGCAGCCCGAUGAGCGACAGAAGGUGGAAGAGAAGCGGGAACCAGACGACAUCGAUGCGCUCAUCGCGAAGGCUACAGGGGUUGCGGGUGACGGCGAUGCAGCAAACGGGGUCGAGUCGGAAUCAGAAGACGACGAGAGUGACUACGAGCCUGAUGAGGGCGAGGACAAGCCACCACAAAAGGCUGUCUUUACCACUGUGGAGAUCACAGUACAGCUUCGCAUAGCGCACAUCGAUUUUUCUGGACUGCACGAAAAGCGAGACUUGCAAAUGCUGAUACCACUCAUCAGACCACGGAAGCUCAUUCUCAUCUCCGGAAGUGUUUCUGAGACACAGGCUUUGGCCACCGAAUGUCGGCAACUUCUAUCGGAAGGCGGCGAGCAAAAGUCGGAUGUCUUCGCCCCACUCGCUGGCGAGGUGAUCGAUGCCAGCGUUGACACGAACGCUUGGACAAUCAAGCUAAGUCGACAGCUGGUCAAGAAGCUCACGUGGCAGAAUGUGCGCGGCCUCGGUGUCGUUGCACUUACAGGACGAGUAGAUGCCGAGCCAGUCGAGGGUGGCGGCGAGUCAGCGGAGGAUGAGAACGUCAAGAAGAAGCUCAAGAUGAUCAAAGGAGAGGCUGAGGACGCAGAUUCGGACAGUAAAGCUGCCCGGCCUGGCGUCCCAGCAGUACCAGUCCUUGAUCUCGUACAGACUGCAGCAUCAACAGCCCACCAGCGAGCGACACAGCCUGUCCAUGUUGGUGAUUUGAAGUUGACCGAUAUGCGGAAGCUGAUGCUUGCUUCUGGCCAUUCCGCUGAGUUCCGAGGAGAGGGCACACUACUGAUUGAUCACACUGUGGUCAUCAGAAAGAGUCCAUCGGGCAGAAUCGAAGUAGAAGCUGGACCGGGCGGGUUGCAGCAGCCGCAGUACAGGACCAAAGACAACGAGGCCAGCUUUUACGCUGUCAGGAAGUUGAUAUAUGGCGGCCUGGCAGUUGUUGCCGGUGUAUGAUAUGCUAGAGAUGAUGAGAAUUAUGAGAGUAUGUGGCCGGAGUGCCUCUUUCUUACGGCAC